AGGAGCUUCGAUGAUAGUGAAAAUGAUGGUGAUCCAGCAAAAUCGUACAGUUGCGAUGUUAUUAUACAACAUGGCGUUAAAGAAAUGCGCGGUCUCGAGAAUACUUUCCUCGAAGAGCUAACAAAAAGUCUUUCGCUGAAAGUUGAUCUGAAAACAUAUGAAGAUGUUGUCGUGAAAACUGAUGAUGGAAGGGUAAGAUUGCUGUGUAAAAUUUUGAAAUUAUUGCUCAUUUACAUGCUAAUUUGCCAGGCGUCAAUGAACGAAAAGGAAAGACUUUUGAUUGUUGCUAUGAAUGAGCUGGGGCGAAUCAAGUUGGUUUCACCGUUGCUAGUUUCGGUCGAUUUUGCUGACAAUCCGUCAGCUAUAAAGCCGGCACGGCUUGCUUUGGAACAGUCGAAUCUGAAUGUAAGUGUGCGUCAGGAAGGUGUCGUGAUUUAUAUCUCAAUACCGCGGAUAACACGAGAGCGGCGAGAAAAUUUGGCCAAUGUAGCAUCGAAGAAGUUGCUCAACGAAUAUAAAAAAGCUUUAAACGAGGUAAAUUGA